AGAGAUCCCUGGCCUCGUAAGACAAGCGUCUUAUAUCGUCUUAUGUGCACCUCUUCUUAUAAGCUUUUCCCACAUCCGUAGAUUCCGGACCCUUUUGAUAUUUCCCACUUGUUCUACCAAAUCACGAACCCUAUCAUCGUCGAACAUGAAGUAUUCGACUACGCUGUUGCCCCUGGUGGCCACAGCCUCCGCUAUCGUUAUACCUGAUGAGGCUACCGCAAAGCAGCUCAUCCUCGAUGUCAAACAGCAAACCGAAGAAACCGUCUCUACGUGGUGGGAUGCCCUUCCUAGUUUCGACGACGCUCUCUCGUCCGCCCAUAAUGUCCUAGAUGACGCUAUUAGAAUUGCCGAGAAUAAGGCUGGUGAACUUAGCGAGGACACCUCUUUGAUCACCGACUUUCUCUCAACUUCCGACUACAACAACGGUCCUCACCACGGACCCCCGGGACACAGCACGAACCUGACGGUGUAUCAAUCGAUCCACGCCUCCAAUUACACCAAGAGGUUCGCUGCCUUGAUUGACGACUUUCCAGACCUAGUCGACAAGCUCAAUAGCACAUCAGGAGGUAACGUGACAGUCCUCGUGCCCACCGACCGAGCCUUUGAAAGGAUCCCCGACCACCAUAAGGGCCAUAAGCCCCCCAAGGAGUUUAUCGAAAAGCUCAUUCAGUAUCAUGUCCUUCCCGGCUUCUAUCCCGCUGGUCGUGUGCUCACUCACCACACUUUACCGACCGCUUACGAAGAAGAAGCACUGGGCGGCAGACCUCAGAGGCUUCGCGUUAGUGUUGGCUUGUCCGGUGUAAGGAUGAACUUUUUCGGCAAGAUUAUCUACGCAAACUUGGUAACCAAGAAUGGAGUCGUUCAUGGUCUAGACCACAUCCUAGUACCACCGCCGCCCAUCGAGACAUUGAUCUCCUUAUUCCCAACCAAGUUCUCAACGCUCUCCCUCGCAGCCGGGAAGACUGGGUUCGGCCACCACCACAAUAGUAGCGGGAAGAAAUACCUUACAGGCAUUACUCUCUUCGCACCCACAAACCUUGCCUUCAAGAAGUUGGGUCCUGGCGCCAAUGCCUUCCUGUUCAACACGGAGAAGGGGCUACAUUACCUCAAGGCACUAUUAGCCUACCACGUUGUCGUCAACGAGACGCUGUAUUCGGACGAGUACUACGGGAAGAAGGGUUCUGACUCUCUUCUCAACAUGCGGUGUGACGAAAUCGAGAGUGCCGACGACGUCAAUGACAAAGACCAGACGACCGGCAAGGGCGUCAAGCACUUCCACAUCGACCUGCCUACGCUCCUAGGUGACAAGCACAUCGCUGUCGACAUUACACGGUGGUACGGAUUUAUCAGAAUCAAGCUCAACGGACACGUGCCUGUUACCAUUCAGGAUGGAGUGGCCAAGGACGGUGUCAUUCAAGUGGUUGAUUCUGUUCUGAUUCCCCCGCACAAGCACAAGGGCUCCUGGAACGCGGAUGUCGAUGGUGAUAUUCCCGUUGAGGAGUUGAUUGAGCGUUUGAGCCCGUUUGUCGCGGACGAGGAGGUGGGUGAGUUGUGAAGAGUUAACGUAAGGCAGAAACUCCACAGCUGCAGAUGACGAGCCAUGCUAGGUAAUAUUAGAGGCUAUUCCAUCGUGAAAAGAUUGGAUGAGCUAAUCUAAGCGAUGCAUCUGUAUACUAUAUCACACAUUCACGAAGCUAAAUGUAAAAGGCGCUUGGGGAUGGGAGUAGGAAAAGGGUACCUAGUACGGUUCAUUAAUGGAUAUUAGUGCCGUAUCCUGAUACUUUGAUGAAGAGGUGUUGUUCAUUAUCUAGGUAGGUAGGUACCUAUCUAUCAGCAUAUAAACUUAGCUAGGUUAGGGCUUAUGGUC